GGGAGCACCCAAGUGGGGCCAGAGGGACACCGUGUACAGCAGCGAGGAGCCUGCAGAGGAACAUGGCGCGGCUCUGGGGGCUCCUGGUGCUCAGCUGGUCCUGCCUGCAAAGCCCCUGCUCAGCGGGGUUCCCUCGCCUCUCCUCAUCCCUUUCUCAACAGUUCUCUCCUGUGAGUGCCAUGGAGCCCUUGAGCCUGCAGCUAAGGAGCGAGGAGACCCAGCAGAAGCUGCUCCCACUGUCCCUCCUCAAGCUGGGCAACCAGAAGCCUACUGCCCACACUGCCCUGAUGAAGGCCCCAGGAGACUGCCAGGGGGCCCCAACCCUGGAGCAGACCCGCAGGCUGGCCCAGGCCAUGAUGGCCUUCACCGCGGACCUCUUCUCCCUGGUGGCCCAAAGCUCCACCAGGCCCAACCUCAUCCUGUCACCUCUGAGUGUGGCCCUGGCCCUGUCACAUCUGGCACUAGGUGCUCAGAACCAAACGCUGCGGAGGCUGCAGCAGGUGCUGCACGUGGACUCCGGGCCCUGCCUCCCGCACCUGCUCAGCCGCCUCUGCCGGGACCUGGGCCCUGGGGCUUUCCGAUUGGCUGCCAGAAUGUACCUGCAGAAAGGAUUUCCUGUCAAAGAGGACUUCCUGGAACAAUCAGAAGAGCUCUUUGGUGCAAAGCCCAUGAGCCUGACGGGAAGGAAGGGGGAUGACCUGGCGAACAUCAACCAAUGGGUGAAGGAGGCCACGGAGGGGAAGAUUGAGGAUUUCCUCUCAGAUCUGCCGGAUGACACAGUGUUGCUUCUUCUCAAUGCCAUCCACUUCCAGGGCUUUUGGAAGAGCAAGUUCGACCCGAAUCUCACGCAGAGGGACACUUUCCACCUGGACGAGCAGUUCACGGUGCCAGUGGACAUGAUGCAAUCCCGCACAUACCCGCUGCGCUGGUUCCUGCUGGAGCAGCCUGAGAUCCAGGUGGCUCAUUUCCCCUUUAAGAAUAACAUGAGCUUUGUGGUCAUCGUGCCCCUCCACUUUGAGUGGAAUGUGUCCCAGGUGCUGGCCAAUCUGAGCUGGGACAUCCUGCACCAGCCCUUGGUGCGAGAGAGGCCCACCAAGGUCCAGCUGCCAAAGCUGUAUCUGAAAUACCAACUCGACCUGGUGGCCACCCUCAGCCAGCUAGGCCUGCAGGAGCUGUUCCAGGCCCCGGACCUGCGUGGGAUCUCGGACCAGAGGCUGGUGGUGUCCAGCGUGCAGCAUCAGUCCACACUGGAGCUCAGAGAGGCCGGCGUGGAGGCGGCCGCGGCAACCAGCACGGCCAUGUCCCGGAUGUCCCUCUCCUCCUUCAGCGUGAACCGGCCCUUCCUCUUCUUCAUCCUCGAGGACAGCACGAGCCUGCCCCUCUUUGUGGGCAGCGUGAGGAACCCCAACCCUGGUGCGCAGCCGGAGCGCAAGGAGCAGCAGGAUUCCCCUGACCACAGGGACUCUUUCCAGAACCAGAAGGCCUACCCCCGCGGAGACAAGCCCUUCGGCCCUGACUUGAAACUGGAGCCCCCCUCGGAGGAGGAUUACCCCCAACCUAGCAGCCCCAAGUGAGGGGCUGCGGCCGCCAGCAUCCCGGGUCCCUGCCUGGACCAGCCUCUCAACUCAUGUGACUCUUUCCAAACAGCUUU